AUGAAUACUAAAGAUGAAAUACCCACGAAGAAGUUAAGAACUGAAUCCAACGAGAAUGGUGAAGAUAAGUUUAAGGACUUAAGAUCCCUAUUUUUCAGACUGAAUACCAUCUAUACAUUUUUAAUAUGUCGUAAGCAUGUGAUCCCCACAUUCAAAACUCUUACAAGUCCCAUUGAGAAGGCACUGAAGAAAGAAGUGACGGAGCUUGACUUGGCGAGAAUAGUGGCUCUAUUACCAAGAGCAUGUGUUUUCAAGUACAUUGAUGAAAAUCAGAUUCAAACCGAAACAAAAGUGUUCGACUUUAAGAAUGGAGGAUAUCAACAGAAGGAAAAUGAUAUAUUUCAACUAAAAGACGUUGAUACAACAUUUAAUGGAGGCAACUCCACUCAGAUUCUUAUUUUUGAAUUUGUCGAUGGUAAUAUGAAACGAUCAUGGACUUCGGGAGAUACUAAUACACAAGUUAGAUUACCAACUUAUUCCACAGAAGAAAUGAAGAAAAUGAUUUCUAAGAGAGAAACAUUCUUUAAGGAAAAAUUAUCAACGUUUAUUACAAAAUAUAGAGAUAAGGGCGCUGAUCCUUACAUUGAACUCACAAGAUUAGCAGAAAAUUAUGUACCUACAAUGAAAUCAUACGAAGACCCAAUAGAGCAAAUGAUUUCGUCAAAGUCAGAUUUAGUAGUGGAUGAAGAUGGUAUGGGUAGACCAACAAUACCACGUAUGAUUGAGAAACUAAAAAAAAUUGAUACAUAUUAUGAUCAAAUCAAAGAACAUUACACUAUUCCUGAAAGGACUGCAGAAUAUGGUGACCUGGAUUUUGAUCUUUCUCCUGAAGUAUAUCCUGCCUUAGAGCAUGAUCGAUUUUAUGUCCAUCAAGCCACUGCUAUUAAUGCAAUACAUGCCGGUAAGAAUGUCAUAAUCACAACAUCAACAUCAUCAGGUAAGUCCUUGAUUUAUCAGCUUUCUGCAAUUGAUAUAUUAUUGAGAGAUCCAGAAUCUACCUUUAUGUAUAUUUUCCCAACCAAGGCGUUAGCACAGGAUCAAAGGAGAGCAUUUGAAUCCAUUAUCUCGAAGAUUCCAGAGUUAAGUGAUGUUAGUGUUGCAACAUAUGAUGGUGACACUGAAAAACUACAAAGGGCCUCUAUAAGAAGAAAUGCACGUGUAAUAUUUACUAAUCCUGAUAUGAUUCACGCCAGUAUUUUACCAAAUCAUAUCAACUGGAAGCAUUUUCUGUAUAAUUUAAAGAUAGUAGUUGUUGAUGAGUUGCAUGUAUACAGGGGGUUGUUUGGUUCGAAUGUUGCCCUAGUUAUGAGAAGGCUCUUAAGAUUAUGCAAAUGUUAUUACAAUAAUGACAACCUGAGAUUUAUUUCAUGUUCUGCAACUCUGAGAUCCCCAAUCGAACAUAUGAAGAAUAUGUUUGGUAUUGAUGAUGUGUUACUAAUAAACGAAGAUGGGUCUCCAAGGGGUUCUAAGCACUUAGUCAUUUGGAAUCCUCCUGUCUUAGCUCAGCAUGAAAGGAAGAGAGAAAAUUUUAUUCAUGAAAGUGCCAAGUGCUUGGUUGAGUUGGUUCUCCAAAACGUACGAACUAUUGCAUUUUGUUACGUGCGUCGUGUUUGUGAGCUAUUAAUGAAAGAUGUUAGGAAUAUUCUUCAGGAAUUGAAUAGAGAAGAUUUGCUAGUUGAUGUGAUGUCAUAUAGAGGGGGAUAUUCAGCUUCUGAUAGACGUAAAAUUGAAAGAGAGAUGUUUCACGGAAAUUUGAAAGCUGUGAUAUCAACCAAUGCAUUGGAAUUAGGUAUUGAUAUUGGGGGGUUAGAUGCAGUGUUAAUGUGUGGAUUUCCCUUGUCAAUGGCCAAUUUCCAUCAACAAAGUGGUAGAGCUGGUAGAAGAAAUAGGGAUUCCUUGACUUUAGUGGUAGCGAGUGACAAUCCUGUUGAUCAACAUUAUGUUGCACACCCAAGUAUUCUACUACAUGGGGAUGACUCUGAGUCAUAUCAAGAUCUAGUUUUGGAUUUUGAUAAUUUACUCAUCCUAGAGGGGCAUAUUCAAUGUGCUGCUUUUGAAUUACCAAUCGUCAUCGAAAGAGAUCAAAUAUUCUUCAAAAGAGAACAUUUGGAAAAGAUAUGUAGAGAAAGGCUUCAACAUAAUGCUGAAGGGUAUCACGCACAUAAUCGUUUUUUGCCUUGGCCUUCUAAGCACGUUUCGUUAAGAGGUGUCGAGGAAGAUCGAUAUGCCGUUAUUGACAUUACGAAUGGGAGAAAUAUAGUUAUAGAAGAGAUUGAAGCUUCAAGAACAAGUUUUACUUUAUAUGAUGGGGGGAUAUUUAUUCAUCAAGGUUAUCCAUACUUAGUAAAAGAGUUCAAUUCGGAUGAAAGAUAUGCUACAGUUCAACGUGUAGACGUUGAUUGGGUUACCAAUCAAAGGGACUUUACUGACGUCGAUCCGCAGUUAAUUGAGAUGGUUCGAUCAUUAGACGAUAGCGACAUUCCUGUUUAUUUUGGAAAGAUAAGGACCAAAAUUGUUGUUUUCGGUUACUUUAAAAUCGAUAAAUUUAAGAGGAUUAUUGAUGCCGUUGAAACGAAUAAUCAACCAGUUAUAUUCUAUUCCAAGGGAUUGUGGAUUGAUAUCCCGGCAAGAGCCUUAGAAUUAUGCACUUCGAAGGAGUUAAAUAUUGCUGGUGCGAUACACGCUGCUCAACAUGCAAUUAUGGGACUGUUUCCAAGGUUCAUUAUUACAGGAGUAGAUGAAGUACAAACAGAGUGCAAGGCGCCAGAAAAGGAAUUUGCUGAACGACAAACUCAAAGAAUAAGACCUGCCAGAUUAAUAUUCUAUGAUUCAAAGGGUGGUGAGUAUGGUUCAGGAUUAUCUGUAAAGGCUUUCGAACAUAUUGAUGACAUUCUUAAAGCUACUUUGGAAAGAAUUGAAGAAUGCACUUGUUCUGAUGGAUGUCCUGAUUGUGUUGCGGCCACUUACUGUAAAGAACACAGCUUGGUUCUCUCUAAGCCUGGUGCAUUAGUCCUUCUUCAUAGCAUCCUAGGACACGAGGAAUCAGAUUUUGUGGAUAAGAUUAAAGAUGGACCAGAACCCAAUCUCCCCGAUAUUAAAGUUGAAACCGUCACGGCGGUAAAGGACCACAUCAAGUUUUCUCAGAAUUUAAAAGUCAUUGGAGCUCAACUGGAAGAAUUAGAAUAA